GGAAACACUAUUGAGUAUAAUAAAUUCAUGAAUUUCCCGUCAUCUGCAAUGUUUUCCGAUAAAGUUUUCAAAAAUGGAAGCAAUUUCAAAAAAUUUGCAGAUGCUACUGAUUGGAUGUGUACAGAUCAGACGAGUAGUCUGAAUAAACUUGAAUCAAAUGUCCAUGACGAAUUACCACUACGCAGCUUAUCAGGAACCAAUCAACUUAUGGAUAGCUUUGAUGUUUAUCAUCAUUCCGCCUACAAAUCGUCAACAAAUGAGUUCUUAGGAAAGCCAAGAAUUGUUGUUGAUAGUAUAAAAAACGGUCUUACAUCUCUUCAUCCUAAUAAUAUGUCAACUGAAGAAGAAAUGUCUCUCUUUAAAUCAAUGGAUACAGUUUAUACAACUGAAAGUAAUUUGAACCAGACUCAGAACAAAUUAAUCAAUACUAAUAAUAUAACAACAGAAAUCGGCUCUGCAAAUUCUUUGAGUAAUAAUGAUUAUAGAAAAAUAAAUUUAGAGGAUGGAACAUCAACGUUUGGGAAUUCACACAAUACUCCAACUGAUAACAACAGUGGUUACCUAAUAGGAAUCAAUAACAAGACAACUAAUCUGCAUCUUAACCCAGAAUUCACUAGCAAAACACAAUAUGUGUACCCAUCAAUGCUGUCCGAGGACUAUAUGUAUAGACAUAACUCAAAUGACCAUAGAAAUAUGAAUGAAAUUAAUUGGUGCACUGGAAAUUAUGAAUCCAAAAUCUUUAAUUCAUUUUACAUUCCACCUUUUCCAAAUGAUUUGAAUACAGAGUCAUGUUUAAAUUCAACACUGGACAAGUCCACUUGCUUAAAUCAUGGGAUGAAAUCGAGAUCUCAGGGUUCUGGGCAGAUCCAGCUAUGGCAGUUCCUUUUAGAACUGUUAGCAGAUAGCCAAAAUAUAGCCUGCAUCACAUGGGAAGGAAAUGAUGGUGAAUUCAAGUUAACCGAUCCAGACGAGGUGGCAAGACGAUGGGGUGAGAGAAAAUCAAAGCCGAAUAUGAAUUACGAUAAACUGAGUCGUGCUCUACGAUACUAUUAUGAUAAAAAUAUUAUGACUAAAGUACACGGAAAAAGAUAUGCAUAUAGAUUCGACUUCACCGGUCUUGCACAAGCUAUGCACACAUCUUGUUCGCCAACUUCUUCCUCUGGAUUGCUGACGUCAUCACCCGUUGGUGGAACACUUCCAGGACACUCAGGUAACUCCACAUGUUUAUCAAAUGAAUUCUACUCAAAUCAUUGUGAUAGCGACUUAGAUCAAAAGGGUGGUGAAACUUCAGAUAAAUCUAGAAUUUCAUGGAAGAAUAUCCAAGUUGCUGCAGCUGCUGCUGCAGCAACUUGUUAUUUAAACUGUCCUGAUAAAAAUCUGUCAACUUCAUUCAGUGAUAUAAAUGAUCUCACUUCCUGCUCGUUGUUUAGUUUGCAGAAGAACAAAAUUUCCAACAAUGGAUUUGCAAAAAACGCACCAUACCACAUUACGUCUUUAAGCUCAGACUUUAAUAAUAAUCUAUCCAUGACAACUCCCACUACGGGAAGUGAACGGCAUGAUGAAGACACAUCUAAAUUACCUCAUCCCUUUGGAUUUAACACUGAUCAUCAUAAUAUUCAAACACUCAAUGAAACGAGAUUCUUAUCUCAAGAGAGGAUCAACUCUUCUAUUUUAUCAGGAAAUUACACCCAUUUGUUGAACCCACUGUUAUCCAUUGACAGUCAUAACCAGUGGGAUAUGAACAGUAUUCCACAUGAACUCGAUCAGUCAUCAACUUAUUUCAAAUCACUUUCUGAUGUCAACAAUAAACUAAAAUACCUACCUACCAAUGAAAAUUAUUUUACUCAACCCUGUGUAAAUAAUGACUUACCAUUUAUGGAUUCAGUACAAUCGGCAAGUGGUCUUAAAAACUCACCUAACCUAUUACUCAACUGGCCGAAUACUCCAUACUGUUGUUCGUCAUCCACGUCUGUAGUGUCUCUAUCUUCUAACUCACAAACAUCCAACAGUAAUUACAACAAUUCACGACCUCAACGACUUCAACAUGUCUACAAUCACGUGCUAAAUGGUUGUUCUAUUCAUGAAUAGAGCAGAAAUAACUGAAAUGACUAAAAACCAAAACCAGUAUCAACUACUGCUAUCAACUAAGAGCUUGUAAAUAUGAUCUACAGACUAGUUAUUUUCAUAUGAUUUAUAAAACAAAAACUAGUUUCUUUGUUGUUUGGAUGCGUAUUUUUGUCGAGUUUUUUGUUACCCUCUAAAUUGUAAAUACUGUUCAGAAAUAAAUUUUAAUAUGAGUUCCCAAGAUCAAAGUCACAGUAGUAGUGAAC